AUGACCACGCCCACCCAAUCUCGAGGCCACGCCGGCCACUCCCACGGCCUCGGCCACCACCACCAUCACCACGACAAUGUCUACCUGACCUCGCGAAACAAGGCCGACGCCGGUGUGCGCAUCACCCGGAUCGGCCUCUACUCCAACCUGGGCAUGGCCAUCGCAAAGGGCCUAGGCGGGUACGCCUUCAACUCGCAAUCCAUGAUCGCCGACGCCUGGCACAGCUUGACCGAUCUGGCCUCGGACAUCCUGACGCUCGCGACCGUCUCGUGGAGCUUGCGCCCGCCAACCGACAACUUCCCCUACGGCUUCGGCAAGGUCGAGAGCUUGGGGUCGCUGGGCGUGUCGAGCAUGCUCCUGUUUGGCGGACUCUUCAUGUGUAUGAACAGCUGCACCUCGCUAUAUGCGCACUUCUUCCUCGAUCCGGCGGCUGCGGCGCAACUCCUGGAACACAGUCACGGUCACGGCCAUGGACACCAUCACCAUCAUGGAGUGAGCGCCGAAGGACCUAGUUUGCAUGCUGCUUGGUUGGCGGCCGGUACGGUGGCCGUCAAGGAGUGGCUUUACCAUGCUACAAUGAAAGUAGCCCGCGACCGUAAAUCCUCCGUCCUCGCCUCCAACGCCGUGCACCACCGCGUCGACUCUCUCACCGGCAUCGUCACCCUCGCCGCCAUCCUCGGCGCCAACUUCCUCCACAACGCCUCCUGGCUCGACCCCGUCGGCGGCCUUCUCAUCUCCCUCCUCGUCAUCAAAGCCGGCUACUCCAACACCGUUUCCGCCCUCUACGAGCUCGCCGACCGCUCCAUCGACGACGAAGUCAAGCACUCGGUGCGCAAGCAAUGUCUUAAGGCCCUCCAGGGGGUAUCCGAAGGCCACGAGGUCGAAGUCGUCGAGAUAACAGGCGUCAAGUCCGGCCAGAAUUAUUUGUUGGACAUCGAGCUGGCGGUGCCCAACAUGUGGACGGUGGAGGACGUGCGGGAGGUGGAGGAUGCGGUGCGGACGCAGGUGGGCGCCAAGGUGAGGGGUGCGAGGAAGGUUAGGAUACGGUUCGUGCCCAAGGAGGAGGGGGCGGCGAAGAUUAAGAAGUUUGAUGAGUUUAUUCCGGGGGAUGUUAGUCCUAAGACUAGUCCGGAGCCGGAGGAGGAGGAGGUUGUUGGUGAGGAAGAGGCAAAGGAGCAUGAUCAUGAGCAUGAUCAUGAGCAUCAUAAGCAUCAGUAA